AUGGCCGCCCGCAACUGCACCAAGGCUCUCCGCCCCCUGGCCCGCCAAUUGGCCACUCCCGCCGUCCAGCGCCGCACCUUCGUGGCUGCUGCCAGCGCUGUCCGCGCCUCCGUUGCCGUCAAGGCCGUUGCCGCUCCCGCCCGCCAGCAGGUCCGCGGUGUCAAGACCAUGGACUUCGCCGGCCACAAGGAGGAGGUUCACGAGCGCGCUGACUGGCCCGCUGAGAAGCUCCUUGACUACUUCAAGAACGACACCCUCGCUCUCAUCGGCUACGGCUCUCAGGGUCACGGCCAGGGUCUUAACCUCCGUGACAACGGCCUCAACGUCAUCGUCGGUGUCCGCAAGAACGGCAAGUCCUGGGAGGACGCCAUCCAGGAUGGCUGGGUUCCCGGCAAGAACCUCUUCGAUGUCGAUGAGGCCAUCUCCCGCGGUACCAUUGUCAUGAACCUCCUUUCCGAUGCCGCUCAGUCCGAGACCUGGCCCCACAUCAAGCCCCAGAUCACCAAGGGCAAGACCCUCUACUUCUCCCACGGUUUCUCCCCCGUCUUCAAGGAUCUCACCAAGGUCGAGGUCCCCACCGACGUUGACGUCAUCCUCGUCGCCCCCAAGGGCUCCGGCCGUACCGUCCGCUCCCUCUUCCGUGAGGGCCGUGGCAUCAACUCCUCUUUCGCUGUCUACCAGGACGUCACCGGCAAGGCUAAGGAGAAGGCCGUCGCUCUCGGUGUCGCCGUCGGCUCCGGCUACCUCUACGAGACCACCUUCGAGAAGGAGGUCUACUCUGACCUCUACGGUGAGCGUGGCUGCCUGAUGGGUGGUAUCCACGGCAUGUUCCUCGCCCAGUACGAGGUCCUCCGCGAGCGCGGCCACUCCCCCAGCGAGGCUUUCAACGAGACCGUUGAGGAGGCUACCCAGUCCCUCUACCCCCUCAUUGGUGCUCACGGCAUGGACUGGAUGUUCGACGCCUGCUCCACCACCGCCCGCCGUGGUGCUAUCGACUGGACUCCCAAGUUCAAGGACGCCCUUAAGCCCGUCUUCAACAACCUCUACGACUCCGUCAAGAACGGUGACGAGACCAGGCGCUCUCUCGAGUACAACUCUCAGCCCGAUUACCGUGAGCGUUACGAGGCUGAGCUCGACGAGAUCCGCAACCUCGAGAUCUGGCGCGCCGGCAAGGCCGUUCGCUCCCUCCGUCCCGAGAACCAGAAGUAA